AUGACUGCAGAGAAUGAGAAAGCGUGGUUCGAAGCUUUAGUUGGUCAAUGGGAAGGAGUUCGUCCGAUGUCAGCACCCUGGCAAAGAUUAGGACCAGCUGUGCUCCAGGGGGAAUUCCAGGGAAGAGCGGUGGUAAAAGAGGCCAGUGUUCGUAAGGUACGUCGUCGUCGACGUAAUGAUGAGCUAGGCAUCAGUGAAGCAAUGGCCAUCGGUGAUGAAAUCCCUAUGUCGUGGGACAACAUGGCUCAGUUACCGUUGGAGCCGCCUGGACCACCUCCGCCAUACAUAGCAGGAGGUGUGUCUCAGAAGACCAAUUCGGACGAAGACAACAGCAGCAGUUUGUUUAUGGUGGUGAUUCGUACAGUGCAAUCGAGCCGAAUAAUCCCGAAACGAUCAGGCAAGUAUCAAUGA